UAUGAGGAGAAAAAAAACAGUGUCGUCGCCAAUGAGGAACACACAACUGUACACAACUUUUGGACUAAAAAUAAAUUAAUCCAAAACUGAGAAUAAAGGAAAAAAGUAAAGUUGUUGAAAGACAAAGCAUUUCUGUGCCAAGUGAGUGAUAAAAUCCUGGCUCUACGCAAAGUAAAGUGGUGGUUUGUGGCGGCAUCGGUCUUUAGAAUCAGGACCGAGGGCCCCUGAGUUGGAGGGCCAUGGCGGGUUUGAAGGAUGAGGAUAAAGCCCUCUUCCCUGUACGAAGUAUAUCCUCUAUUGUUCAAAUAUUUGAAAAACAGUUGGCUAAUAAUAAUACUGAACCAGACUUGGCACUACUGUCGAUACUUGUUGGUGCUGUGGAGAAUUCGUUAACCUGCAAUCGCACUAUUGCGUCGCAAGAAAGCACUAUCUACGAUGAGCCGAAACUUCCAGCGGUUGAGUUCAACAUUGCUGAGACACUUUAUUCGAAAUUUCAUGCUAUUAUCAAAGGAGCUGUGGAUCUCUCGAUUUAUGAUCAGAAGUAUGCAACCCGAGAAUUGGUUAAAAGAGUCUCAGAUGUCAUAUGGAACUCACUGACCAGAAGUUACUACAAGGAUAGAGCACACCUUCAGAGUCUGUACAGUUAUCUCACUGCUAAUAAGUUGGACUGUUUUGGUGUGGCUUUUGCUGUUGUUGCUGGAUGCCAGGUGCUGGGCUUCAAUGAUGUACAUUUGGCCAUGUCUGAGGAUCAUGCCUGGGUUGUUUGUGGCGAGAACGGGGAUGAGACUGUUGAGGUUACGUGGCACGGAAAAGGUAAUGAGGACAAACGCGGACAACCCGUGGAGGCCGGGAUAGCUUCUCGUUCGUGGUUGUAUGUUAAUGGGAAUGCUGUUAUCUGCAACAGAGCGAUGGAAGUUGCAACGAUAGUAUCAGCAAUAAAUCCUAGUCUGAGUGCGACUGCAGAUGCUGCUGAGGUGGCACUUCUGCAGCAGGAGCUCUUGUGGUUGUUGUACGACCUGGGGCACUUAACAAAAUACCCAAUGGCUUUGGGAAAUCUUGGAGACUUAGAGGAGGCUGCUCCAACGCCUGGGAGGCCUCCUGCAAUUGUUCUCUUUCAAGAGGCUAUACGCUCGGCAAGAAAAUUCUAUGGCAAUGCUCAUGUUUAUCCUUAUACUUAUCAGGGUGGUUAUCUCUACCGACAUGGACUCCAUGCAAAUGCACUUGCGUCGUGGGCUGAUGCUGCUGAUGUGUUGAGAAAGUAUGAUUAUUCCCGAGAUGAUGGAGAAAUCUACAAAGAAUUACUAGAAAUAGCAAAUGAAUUAAUUCCUCAUACAGUUCGAGCUGACGAGCGUCUGCUUCGUCAGCCCCGUUGUUUCGCCUACCUCUUACGUUUUUACGAUGGCAUUUGCCAGUGGGAAGAGGGUGCGAACACCCCUGUACUCCAUAUCGGCUGGGCAAGGCCGCUGGUAAACACAAUAUCCAAGUUCGAUGCGAGCAUCAGAGCUCAGGUAAUCAUCGAGUGUCACGAAACUGAAUUACAAAUGAGUUACGUGCACGACGAGGAGAAUCACCACACCAGAGAGUUUCGUAGGGACUCCAAUGUGGAUGAAGGGAGUCAUCAUAACAAUAAUAACCACCACAACAACAAUAACAAUACAACAACGAGCAAUAACAACAACAACAAUUAUUGUAAGACAAAGGAGAGGUCGAGUGCAGCGAGAGAUUUGAUUGCAAGUCUAGAAUCAAAAGUGCAGUCGACGAAUCCUGCACCAAUGCAUCCAGGAAUUCAGGCGUUGACAGCUGCUUGCAGUGAAAAAAUACUCAACCGUGAUUAUUUGUUGCAAGGUGAUGGAGAACCUUUUGUGGCACCUCAGGAGAGUUCAUUACCCCCCACUCCAUCAACAUCUCAGGAAACCCUCGAUCCAGAAGUUGAGGAGGACUCUGAGAAUGAUAGCCCCAGAAUAACUCUGUACAGCGAAAAAAUGAAGGGGCUUAAGGAUUUACUUCUUGCUGAAAAAUUGAAUACACAUGCAAUUUCUCUACAAUUGACAGCACAGAGUCAAGUUCAAAUUGGAAAGAAAACCAGAGGCAAUGAUGAUCUUGGUGUUCAUCAACGUCCCAAGAGGACACGACGAGAGUGAUUUAUUCCACAGGGGAAUUCAUCCCCUUGAAUUUUCAUUUUGGUGCUCAUCUCUCCUGAGACGACAGAAAACUCGCUUCCGUUAUUUUGCCAACCAGUAUAAUAAUAGGAUAUUUCGAUACAAGUGCGGAAAAAUAGUUUUUGACUUUAGUGGAAGUGAGUACCCUCCCACGGCUCUAAGACUGCUUUUUCGAUGAGUAUCGAACCCUAUCUUUCAUCACAAUGCGUUUCAAGAGGGAUUUUAUGGACGCAAGACGUGAGUAAAACGUAAUUUUACACUCAGCGCGAUGAAAAUGAAAUAAUCUUUAUCAUUGAGUUUAGGUAUGGGGACAAGGCUUAGCUGUUUGUUAAGAGUUAAUUGUGUGUAGAAAAGUACAAAACAUAUUUCUCUUACUUUUUUUAAUUAGUAAUUUAAAGAGAUGCGAAAAAAUAUGAGAGCAAGUUAGUCCUUAAAAUUGAGAUUUAUUUUUUAUUGGCUAUAUUUAUUGAUGAAAAAAAAAUGAUUCUAUCAACGUCAAAAUGUUUCUCUAAUGAUUAUUUUUUAAUAACUUAUUUAUUGAAGGAAAAAAUUGACUUAUAAAUAAGGUAGUGAGAUUUUUUUUACAUUCCGUUCGACUAACCAACUCGCAAAAAUCGUGAGUGUUUUUUAGCUCAUAAACACAUUUCAUUCAAUUAAUUACGAGCAUUAAAGUUCAUUUUCUCUCAUAUUUCUAUAUUUAUUAAUUAAAUCAUUAAUACUUCUUUUAAUGGCACAUCGGUCAAGUACUACCCGCAUUUUAUUGAAUACGUGUAUUCACGUAUUAAUUUGAUUUAUCCCACGCUUGAAAAAAAAUAUACGUGCUUUUGCGUGCGUAAGUUAUUUCAUCAAUUAAUUUAUUGCUACUUAAUAAUUAAGUUAUAGCACUCUUUCCCUGCAGAAUCUCGUGUAUCAACAACCAUCGCUAUUUUUUAGGUUCUCGACUGUAGGAAACCGUUUUUUUCUUUUUGUCAAAUGAAAUUGACCCCCCCCCCCUAAAAAAAACAAUUAAUUGGUUGUAAGUGGAUUGUUGUAGAAUAGCUGUUGAAAGAAAUCGAGGUGAGAACUAAUUUAGAUGCUUAAAGAAAAAAACUCUACAGAGAACACACUAGUAAAAUGAAAAAUAUUAUAAAAAUUAAUCCACGGAAGCAGUGGAUUAAUUAAAUGCGUUACAAUGAAAAGGCGCUAUCUUGCUGUGAUGCUGUUGAUAUACUGGACGAUAGUACUAUUGAUAUGACUGAGAUAUUGCGAGGCGCAGCGUGGCUGAGAAAAAGGGAAAAAAUAAAGUAAAAGAUGUGAAUUGCUAUAAAUUGAUGAAUAAAACUAAAGAAAAUUGUUUAAAAGAAAUUAAAUAUAUUCACUCUCUGGAAGAACACAUAGUUGAUUAUCUCGUGUGCGACUAAUCUAACUAGUAAAUGCGUGUACCCAUAUACGUAUACUAUAUAAGUGUAAUCCUUCAGUAUGGAUCUGUUUAAACUGAUAAAUACCAUUUUCAGUAUUUAGAAUGAUUUAUAAACAUUGAAAUAAUGAAUAACACAUGAAACGUACAGGGAAAAGUAUUUUUCUAUUGGUAAAAAUUGUUGUGAUUCCCAUGAUUGCUUCAAAAUACGUGUGAUAUCCAGUGUGGGAGUUUCAUUUUUCAUAAAUCUUCAUUAUUUAAUUUUGUAUGCCUUCGCUGCGUUUUAAGUAACUCCAGGCUCCUGAUUUCCUUUCUCCUGGACAAUUGUGUAGCAAAAUACUGUUAAAAAAUUUUGUCUGAAUUUUCCGUGCUAAAUUCUAUAAAUUUUUAUUGUGUUCCAAUU